AUGCCGGAGACCGGUAUUUCCCGGCUAGCUCAUGAGCAAAGAGUUUUCGUUCAUAAAGCUCCUUUCUCUGCCGCAGCCCACAGGCUCCCCAACUCUGAUCACCCGGCUGCCGCGGGUCCUCACAGAGAAACUGGGUCACGCACGGCCUUUGCUUCUUCUAACCGCCAGAUGCGAUCGGAAAGGAGAGAAAUCGCUAAAACACGUGGAAAUCAAUGUUCCGCAUUACCUUGCCGAGGCUGCCCGGGCGUUCGCGCGGCUCUGAAGGAGGCACGUGGCCAUGGAGGCUAUGAUUCUGAUUUUAGCGAUGAGGAGAAUGGGGAGAAGUCUGUGCAAAAGACUAAAAGUAUAAAGGAAGAUGGCCUUCUGAUAAAGCCAUUCCAAAAAGUGAAACAAGGCAGUGUUGUUCACAGACAAUUCGCAGCUGAAGAAUGGGACAGGGAAGAAGCAAGAAAAAGAAGAUUUCACUUAAUAGCGAUGGACGCCUAUGAAAGACAUAAAAAGUUGGUGAAUGACUACAUUUUAUACUAUGGUGGCAAAAUAGAGGAUUUCCGACGUUCUGGAGCAAAUGACAAGACGGAUCUUGAUGUUAUUAGAGAAAACCAUAGAUUCCUGUGGAAUGAAGAUGAUGAAGCAGACAUGAAUUGGGAGAAGAGGCUUGCAAAGAAGUAUUACGAUAAAUUGUUCAAAGAAUACUGUAUAGCAGAUCUUGGUAGAUACAAAGAGAAUAAGUUUGGAUUUAGAUGGCGACACGAGAAAGAAGUAAUUUCAGGAAAAGGCCAGUUUUCCUGUGGAAAUAAGCACUGUGAUGAGAAAGAAGGUCUGAAGAGCUGGGAGGUGAAUUUCGGUUACGUUGAACAUGGUGAAAAGAGGAAUGCACUUGUGAAAUUGAGACUAUGUCCAGAAUGUUCCUACAAACUAAACUUUCAUCACCGGAGGAAAGAAGUCAAAGCACACAAGAAAAGAAGCAUAGACGUACCGAACUCUAAAGAGCCAAAAAUGAAGAAGACAAAAUUAUCUUGUUCAGCAAAAAAGAAGUCAAAAAAAAAGACCCAUAAAGAUCAGGUUUCUUCAGAAGAGUCAGAUAGUUCUGAUAAAGAUUCAGAUAACAGCGAUGCACAAGAUGGCCCUUCAGAUGCUGACUUUUGGAAAGGUCCUCUACAAGAAGCAGAUGAAAAAUCACGGGAGGAGGAGUUUGAUGAGUAUUUUCAAGACUUGUUUCUCUGA